GCGCAGUCAAUCGCACCCGCGGCGCGUGGUGACUGCUAGUAGCCCCGCGAGUCACGCUCGAGUACGGUCCACCGAGGGCGCGCGGAGCUUGCAGAGCAUGUCGUGGCUCUUCGGCAUCAAGGGUCCCAAGGGCGAAGGCACAGGGCCCCCGCUGCCCUUGCCGCCCGCUCAACCUGGGGCGGAGGGUGGCGGCGACCGUGGUGCGGGAGACCGGCCAUCGCCCAAGGACAAAUGGAGCAACUUCGACCCGACAGGCCUGGAGCGUGCGGCCAAAGCGGCGCGCGAGUUGGAGCACUCGCGUCAUGCCAAGGAGGCACUGAAUCUUGCACAGAUGCAGGAGCAGACACUGCAGCUAGAACAACAAUCCAAGCUCAAGGAGUAUGAAGCUGCUGUGGAGCAGCUGAAGAGUGAACAGAUCCGUGUGCAGGCUGAAGAAAGAAGGAAAACCCUGAGCGAGGAGACACGGCAGCACCAGGCUAGGGCCCAGUACCAGGAUAAGCUAGCUCGACAACGCUACGAGGACCAGCUGAAACAACAGCAACUUCUGAAUGAAGAGAAUUUAAGGAAACAAGAGGAAUCUGUGCAGAAGCAGGAGGCCAUACGGCGAGCCACUGUGGAGCGAGAGAUGGAGCUGCGGCAUAAAAAUGAGAUGUUGCGGGUGGAAGCUGAGGCCCGAGCACGGGCCAAGGCUGAUCGAGAAAAUGCGGACAUCAUCCGGGAACAGAUUCGACUCAAGGCUGCCGAGCACCGUCAGACCAUCCUGGAGUCUAUCAGGACAGCUGGCACCUUGUUUGGUGAAGGAUUCCGUGCCUUUGUGACAGACUGGGACAAAGUGACAGCCACGGUGGCUGGGUUGACACUCUUAGCUGUUGGAGUAUAUUCUGCCAAGAAUGCUACUUCUGUUGCUGGUCGGUAUAUUGAGGCCCGAUUGGGAAAGCCGUCCUUGGUGAGAGAGACCUCCCGCAUCUCAGUGCUGGAGGCAUUGAGGCAUCCCAUCCAGGUCAGCAGGCGACUGGUCAGCAGACCCCAGGAUGCGUUGGAGGGCGUCAUCCUCAGUCCUAGCCUGGAGGCACGGGUUCGAGAUAUUGCCAUUGCAACAAGAAAUACCAAGAAGAACAAAAGCCUGUAUAGGAACGUUCUGAUGUAUGGGCCACCGGGGACUGGCAAGACACUAUUUGCCAAGAAACUUGCACUGCAUUCAGGCAUGGACUACGCCAUCAUGACAGGAGGGGACGUGGCCCCCAUGGGGCGGGAGGGUGUGACUGCCAUGCACAAGGUCUUCGACUGGGCAAGCACCAGCCGACGAGGCCUCCUGCUCUUUGUGGAUGAAGCAGAUGCCUUCCUCAGAAAGCGAGCAACUGAAAAGAUAAGUGAAGACCUCAGGGCUACUCUGAAUGCCUUCCUACACAGGACAGGACAACACAGUAAUAAGUUCAUGCUGGUCCUGGCCAGUAACCAGCCUGAGCAGUUUGAUUGGGCCAUCAAUGACCGCAUUGACGAGAUGGUCUGCUUCGCCCUGCCACAGCGGGAGGAGCGAGAGCGCCUGGUGAGAAUGUAUUUUGACAAGUAUGUCCUUAAGCCGGCCACAGAAGGAAAGCAACGCUUGAAGGUGGCCCAGUUUGACUACGGAAAGAAAUGCUCAGAGGUCGCCCAGCUGACGGAGGGAAUGUCAGGCCGGGAGAUUGCCCAGCUUGCUGUGGCAUGGCAGGCCAUGGCAUAUUCGUCUGAGGAUGGAGUCCUCACGGAGGCUAUGCUGGAUGCCCGUGUACAGGAUGCUGUUCAGCAGCACCAGCAGAAGAUGCAGUGGCUUAAACUAGAGAGACCCGAUUCUGAGGCCAGCAAGCUACCACAUCCUUCACUCCUCAGCUGCUGAGCUGGACCUGGACACCUUGUGCACCCGACUGAGGACAGCCAGUCUCUAUGACCACACUUAUUGCUCCCUCCUUUCCUGUUGACCUCUGUAAGAGGUCAACAUUGCCUCAAAUGCCUCUGUGUAGUUGUGGGAUGCUGGAAGUGUCAGCUUCUCUGCCUCCCAUACCUCCUAGUCUCUGUCUCUCCAAGUGCUGGCAGAGGGAGGCAUACUGCCUUCCUGUACCUCAGUACACUAGUGAGACAUGUCUGCAAGUCCAGAGCAGAGCAGAGAGUGCGCAGAGUGCCGUACCACAAGCCAGUGGCUAUGCCAGCAGGACUGGGGCUUUCAGGGACCAGGCAGGCUAUAGGCACAGAGGGCCCUCUACUUCCUGGACAUUACUCCUACCACAUACACAUCUGUGCCAAGAAUUGGUCCAGUCCUUACUUGGUAGAGUGGAUCUGGUGCUAGACAGCCCUUGGCUCAUGGCAUCCAAGAGUCAGAACUACCGCCUUCCCCUUGACUGGAUCUGGGCCUUUUAAAUCCAGAAUCUAAUAAAACUGUGACUGAUUUACUGUU